AAGUUGCGGUGGCAGAAUGUGACCCGUUGCAGUCCUCUUAAACUAUAAAAGACGCAAGACUUUCGUUUGAAAGCAUUCUCGUUUCUACACAGAAUCAGAUUGCAGUUAAAAUGAACACCUUGAUUGUGUUUGUCUCCAUUCUGGCUUCCUGUAAUGCGGGCGAUGAUUACGGUUCUAAAGGCAUACACCUACGCGACGAUGGGAGGAUUGGCGGAGGACUCGGAAGUGUAGGAGGAACAGGAACACUAGGAGGAAGCGGAGGAUUUGGAGGAGGAGGAUUUGGAGGAGGGUUACUUGGAGGAGGAGGAGGAUUUGGAGGAGGGUUACUUGGAGGAGGAGGAGGAUUUGGAGGAGGGUUACUUGGAGGAGGAGGAGGAUUUGGAGGAGGGUUACUUGGAGGAGGAGGAGGAUUUGGAGGAGGGUUACUUAGAGGAAUAGGAUUUGGAGGAGGAGGAGGAGGAUUUGGAGGAGGAUUAUUUGGAGGAGGAUCACUGGGCUCAUAUUUUUCCGUGGAAAAAUACGGGACUUGUCCUUAUCCUGAAAGAGCAGACUUUCAACAAAUGGGACCUAUUUGCUCUAACGACGAAGAUUGUCAUGGGUCACAGAAAUGUUGUCUAAACUCUAGAUAUGGAAAGAGGUGUCAAAUCCCUAUGGAAUAUCAAAAAUCCGGAAAUUGUAAUAUUUUCUUCAUGGCGCCUCCUUUCCAUCAAAAACGAAGAGCAUGCAAUGAUGACACCAUCUGCCCCGGAAGCGGCAAAUGCUGUAAACGAUUUUAUUCUGGUCAAAUUGACACUUGUACUUUGUUCAGCUCUUUUCCUUCUGGCUUCGGUGGAGUAGGCGGUUCGUUUGGACCAGUAGGCGGUGGAGGUGGUUCAUUUGGUCCUGUAGGCGGCGGUUCAUUUGGUCCUGUAGGGGGUUCAUUUGGUCCUGUAGGCGGUUCACUUGGUCCUGUUGGUGGUUCAUUUGGUCCUGUAGGCGGUUCAGGUGUGGUUAGUCCUCUGCUACCCGUAUUUCCUCAAGGCUCCAAGAAAAAAUAUUAAAUGUGUGCUUCUCAUUCCUCAUUUCUGAUAUAAUAAACUAUAUGUUGCAAAUGCA